AUGCCACCGCCUUCGCCACUCAACGCGCAGCGAUUGAGGACCACCCUUAAAAUGGCUAUCUCCAAACUCAAGUUUCUUCAGGAAAAGAAAACAGCGAUAACAAAACAACAGCGCAGACAGAUGGCUGAUCUUUUGUCUGCCGGCAAGGAAACGAGUGCCAAGAUUCGGGUGGAGAAUAUUAUCCGGGACGACGUGUACAUCGAGCUUUUAGAAUACUGCGAGCUUUUCUGUGAGCUUCUUUUAGCUAGAAGCCAAAUAGUCUUGGACAUACUGCGGAGCGAAGUUGAUGGCGGAAUCCAGGAUGCGGUCCUGCUGAUUAUAUACUGCUGCAACUUCACAGAGGUGAAAGAAAUGGUGACGCUAGGAGAGAUUCUUAGAUUGCGUUACGGACCAGAAUACACACGAAAGGUCUUGGAGAACGAAGGUGGGUCGGUUGUUCCGCCAAAAAUUGUUUCACGGUGUGAUAUUGAACCUCCCCUGGAGUCUUUGGUGAACCUAUACUUGGGUGAAAUUGCGAAAACCUUUGAAGUACCAUUUUCCGGAGUGAUUCCGGAUGACUCUGAGCCUGAAAGUAACGACGACAGCGAUCUGCCGGAUGGAGGUGUGAAAGUAUCAGUUGGAGAAGGAACAGAAGAGACAGAUCCAGAAUCAGCGCUUGUAGCAGGGAAGAUCACACCCAAAACUGUGGCCAAGAGACUGGUUUCUAAGGCACAGGCAGAAAAAAGCGAGUUUGACAAGCUACAGGAGCGUUUUGCCGCUUUACGGAAAUGA